AGCUUUGUAAAUUUAAAUCGUUAUACGUAAAUUGUGUAGUGUAGUAUCUAUAUAAAAAGUAAAUAAGUAAUGGGAAAACAAGCGAAGACUAAAACGCAUGUGCUCAUGGUGUGCGUUGAUAAUAUUUACCGCUCGCCCAUUGCUGAGGCAGUUAUGCGCAAGAGUUUUGCCAAGUUGGGUCUUCAAAAUCAUUGGCAUGUGGACAGUGCGGCUAUUGAGAGCUGGCAUUUGGGUGAUAAACCAGAUCCGCGAGCAUUAGGCGUGCUCUCUAAGCAUGGUAUUGAAUAUCAAAAUUGUGCCAGGUUACUGGUUUCGGACGACUUUAAAAAAUUCGAUUACAUAUUUGGUAUGGAUCAAAGCGAUAUGGCUUCUUUACGGCAACUAAUUCCCAGUUACUCCAAUACCAAAUUGCUGUUGCUCAGCGAUUUUUUGUUUACCCUGCAACCCAGAGAGCGGCUAAUAGAAGAUCCGCAUUAUAAUAUGGGCGAGGCACCGUUCGAAAAAAUAUUUGAUCAAUGCUCACAUGCAUGUUUGAAUUUUUUGAAACAAGCGCGCCUAAAUGAGAUUUGGAUUUGAAACAGAAUGGUGCUGCCAACUUGU